CCCUGAGUACAAUUGGUAAUUUCAUAAUGAAAAGCACUCAUACUUAUUUAAUUUAACAACCACUUGCAGAUCUAAUGUUAUGAUACAUAUAUAUUUAGGCAUCAGACACAAUUGAGUAGUUCUUAUCUCUGUUUGCUUGUGGGCAAUCCAUGUGAUGGUCCCAUUUAGGCAUAAAACAUCCAGAAUAGAUAUAAACAUAAAAAACACAUUAGUCUUUCCUGUCACAUUAAUGGAGUCUUCUUCUGUCCUCUAGUGAAUAUUGUGGGAUCAACUUCUGUUCAUUGCCCUGUAUGAUGAGGGAUACCCAAUAAUUUAGUAUCCAGUAUUUAAUUUCUAUAGAAGUGUAUGGAUAAGGAAAAUGAUCUUUCUGUCUAAUUAAACAAGGAAAAAAACAGUAUACUUUUUAUCUAAUAGCAUUUCUUGAAACCCCAGCAUGAAGACACCCCACUUAGAUCCUCAUGUUUUCAGUGGAAACUGGUUCACAUGCCCCACAGAUCUAUCCCUUUCCUGUACUUUUAUUUAGGCAUUAUUGUCAUGUCCUUAGAAAGAACCCCACCACUUUCCCAUAGUAGUUUUUGAUGGUCACAAUAUAAAAACACCCCAUAUGAUGUCUCAUUAUUGUUCAAUAAUACUUUGUGUUAUUAUAAUUGUUCUUUAUUGGAUGCGUUUUGUGGUUCACUCAACUUUCUGUUGCAUGCAGUAUAUAUAACCAUAUAUAAUGUUUCUCUAUUCUUAUACAUGGCUGUCAUCUCUUUUCUAUCAAAUGUCCCAUAGGGAAAGGCACGAUGAGUGAUCAUCAGACUCCCCUAUACUCUUUAAGCUUGACAUUAUUAAUGGCAGACAGCAUAUUUUAGCCUAGUCACAUGAUUUGAUUGCAAAAUUAGUCACUAUGACCGAAAUUGACAAAUGGUGUUUCCACAAACAAUAAGAAACACCAUAAGUGGAAACAAAGGAAGAUGGCGUCAGCAAUGCCCCAUUGAGUAUGCAUCUCCUACCCAAAAGCAGAGAAAGCAGCACCAAUGAAGAAGAUGGAGGAGAGUGGCUGGAUUUGAGCCUGGGGAGAAAUGGAAGCUGCAAUACAAAUCGAAAUCGAAAAAAUGAAGAAGGGGUGUUGAAAUCAGGGAAGGUUUUCUCCUGCAACUUCUGUGCAAGAAAAUUCCACAGCUCACAGGCAUUAGGGGGUCACCAGAAUGCCCACAAAAGGGAAAGAGGCACCGCUGCCAUGAAUCUUCCCAUCUUCAGAUCACUAGGAGUGCAGCCUCACUCCUUCGUCCGGAAACCCGGCAAUGGUAGAACCACCAGUGGCUCAGCCUCUGCCUCUGUGGCCAGAUUCAAUCAGGGCGGUGGUGGCGGCGGCAGCUGCUCUACAGCGCAGCCAUGGCUACCCCUGACUCUGCAAGAAGAAGAAGCUGCAGGUGUUUUCUGGCCUGGAAGUUUCCGGUUUGAUUCGCAGCAAGCUGUAGUAAUGGAGUCGUCACCGGAGAUGGAGACGACGGUGAUCGAUUUGAAUCUUAAACUUUAGGCGUUGUACUUAUAGUUAGUUAGCUAGUUUGUUUAUUGUAUAUAUAUAUAAUUAAAUGUUAAAAAUUUCGUGUGUUUUCAGAGAUGAAUAUUCACGUUAGCACU